CCGCCUUGUGUGACGGAUUGGGGAUAUUGGUCUGUAGUGUUCGCCCAGACCGCAGCCGCGCGCUAGGGGCCAUGAGGCGCGAGGUUGGGCGGGCGCCUUCCCGGAAGCGGAAGCUCGGGGGCAGGGCUGGAGGGGGAUGGGAGUCUGUGGCGGUUAAUUCAUUUUGCAGUGCGGUCUCGCUUUCCUCCUUCUGGGCUCUGAGGCUUCGAGAGAUGGUCAGGUCCGGAUCUCGGCCGGGCCAGGUAUUGUCUUCAGGAAGGCACCCUGGAUCUGCUAAAUUAACAAAUGGAAAGAAAGGGACCCAUAUAAGAAAAAUCUCACGUUUUAACGCAGAUUCUGGAUGUCCCAUCCAUUCUGAUUCGGAAAGUCAGACUGAAACCAUACAGGGACUUGAUGGUUGUGCUGCUUUGCUGCGGGACAUUUUGAGAAAUGAAGAUUCAGGUUCAGAAGCAGUUUAUUCAGAAAAUAGAUGUAAUUCCAGAUCUUUAGAAGAUAAAAAAUGUGGAUCUAAAAAGAAAGGAUAUGAAAAACAUACUGUUCCUUCAGUAAUUCGGAAAGAAAUAUUAUCUUUGGAUAAUAAGAAACAGAUACCUAGUGAAGUUUCUGCUGAAAGUGAAAGAGACACAUCAGACACAGCACAAAAUUGGUCAUUACAAGAUCAUUAUAGAAUGUAUUCACCAAUAAUAUACCAAGCCCUCUGUGAGCAUGUGCAGACUCAGAUGUCAUUGAUGAAUAACUUGGCGUCUAAGAAUGGUCCCAAUAGGAUUCCUUCUGUACCUUACCAUACUGUAUCUGAUUCUGAAUCUCAAGCAACACUACAUUCUAAUUACUGCUGUUGUACCUCCACCCCAGUCUGGUCACCUCAGCAGCCACUCUGCCCUCCAAUGGUUCAUUCUGAAGUUCAAACCGAUGGUGGUAACCAGUUUGCAUCUCAAGGUAAAACAAUGUCUGUGAACUAUCCUGAUGUUCCAAGGAGCUCAUUCAAUGCCAGUCCUGGAGUUGCAUGUGGCCUGCCCCAAACUGACAAAGCAGCUGUUUCCACAUCUCAGCAGCUGAGUCUUGCUAAUUGGAUUCUCCCACAACAAGGAGUCUGUAAGGAAGCAGACUUACAAAAGUGUCUUCAGACAUGUAUGUCUUUGUUUCAAUCUCUUGGAAAGGAAACUCUCCCAGACAUUAAGACACACCAGAGCCCAACUCAGCUACAGCCAGCUUUCUCGGCCUCUAAUGAAGAAACCUGUGCCCGAGAACAAAUUGCAGAGGCCACUAAUGAAGGAAAGUGUUUAAAUGUUCAAGAUGCAAAAAUAGUCCAGGAUACACAGAAGGCAAAAAAUGUGAAUCAGACUGCCGAAAAAGUUAAAACUAUAAAGUAUUUGCUGAGAGAGCUCAAGGCCCUGGUAGCAGAACAAGAGGAUUCAGAAAUUCAGAGGUUGGUAACAGAAGUGGAAGCAUGUAUAACUGGACUUUUAGCUGUAAGUGGAAACAUAGAUAUUCAAGUUGAAAUAGCACUAGCCAUGCAACCAUUGAGAAGUGAAAAUGCUCAGUUACGAAGGCAAUUAAGAAUUUUGAAUCAGAAACUCAGAGAACAAGAAAAAACUCCAAAGGCAUAUGGUAAUAUGGAAUGCAACCCUGAAUUGUUUUCCCUUCAGUCAUUGAACAUGUCACUGCAAAAUCAAUUGCGGGAGUCACUGAAGAGCCAGGAAUUACUACAGAAUAAAAAUGAAGAGCUCCUAAAAGUGAUUGAAAAUCAAAAAGAUGAAAACAAAAAAUUUGCUAGUGUAUUUAAAGACAAAGAUCAAACCCUUCUUGAAAAUAAACAGCAAUUUGACAUUGAGAUAACGAGAAUAAAACUUGAAUUGGAAGAAGCCUUGGUAAAUGUGAAAAACUCCCAGUUUAAGUUAGAAACUGCUGAAAAGGAAAAUCAAAUAUUGGGAAUAACACUACAUCAGCGUGAUGCCGAGGUGGCUCGCCUGAGAGAAUUAACCAGAACUUUACAGAACAGUAUGGCAAAGCUGCUCUCAGAUCUUAGUGUGGAUACUACUCGCUGCAAGCCUGGGAAUAACCUUACCAAAUCACUUCUGCACACUUAUGAUAAACAACUUCAACAGGACCCCACCCCUCCUCACACUUCCGUAAUGAAUUACCUAAAUAAGUUAGAAACAAAUCACAGUUUUACUCAUUCAGAGCCACUUUCUGCAGUUAAGGAUGAGGAAACCAUAAACGCAAACAGACCCUGUGAAAACGUCUUGCCUUCCAGAGGCCCUCCACAUGGUGACUCUAGGGCCGUGGAGGGGGUGUCCGCCCCUGAGAUUCUUCCUGACUUUUCACAGCAGGGUUCUGAUGUGGAGUGUGAAAGCAUAACUUUAAUGGAAGAUUCAUGUAGUUUGGAUAAUACAAUUUAUAUUCCUUUUGCUAGAAGCUCUUCUAAAAAGAAUUCACCACUUUCUAAGAGGAUAUCCCCCAAGCCACAGGUAAGUGUUGCUGCAACCCAGCUGGUCAGCAAUAGUGCCCUGACCCGGGAAACAGAAAGUAAACUGUGUUCACCUGUAAUUUGUUUGAAUAAUGAAGCAAAAGAUAUAUCUGAAAAACUUUCCAGAACAGGUGAUGCAGAAGACAAACAACUCCUCAAGAAAAUAAAGGAAGCAAUUCAUAAGAUCCCUGCUGCCACCAAGGAGCCAGAGGAACAGGCCUACCACGGCCCAUCAGUUUGUCACACCACCAAUGUCCAAGCAAAAGGCAACACAGUCUGUGAUGGCAGCUUUUUAAAUUCUGACCUGAUGUCAGACUGGAGCAUCUCUUCUUUUUCAACCUUCACUUCUCGUGAUGAACAAGACUUCAGAAAUGGGCUGGCAGCACUGGAUGCCAACAUAGCUAGGCUCCAGAAGUCCUUAAGAACUGGUCUUCUGGAGAAAUGAAAUCAGAGGAAAACAGAUUGAGUAUUUCCUCAUUUAGAUUAAACUUGACUAUAUUGAAGAUAUACUGGUAUUUUAAGUUUCCUUAGAGAAAUAAUUUUUUGCAUUAUUAAUUAUGUAUGAAAAAUAAAUUAUAUGAAUAAAUAAAUUUACCAUUGGAAUAUUUUGAUACUUUGGAGCUGACAAAAACAAGUCACCUUUAAAAAUUAACAAUUGUUAGGGAAUAAAGUUGUAGAUAACUAGCAAAAUAUUACAUUGUUUCAAUUUAGUACUUAACAGUUAUUAAAUUAGCAAUUUAUUAAAUUUAACACCUGGGUUAAGGGUACAAAUUGAAAGGAUUUUGUGGUUAUUUUAAGAAUGGGAACAAGGGAUCUGUGGAAACAAUUGUUAUUCCAAAGUAGAGUUUCUUUUCGGUUUAGAUAUAACUUUAUUUUUAAAUGGCAUUGUAUGUUUAUGUGGGAUGCUUUGUGCUGUGGGCCAAUACAGUUGAUGAAAUGUAUAAACGUUUCUUUUAUGAAAAAAGGGACCAGAUAUCACCACUUCAUGAGAAAAAAAAAGCAUUGAUAACAUCCUCAGUUGACAUGUUUUCUUAAAUCCUGAUGUUUUAAGGCCUUCAAAAAAGAAAAAGAGACUGAUACAAAAAUGCUAAAACCUAAAUUUUACUUGUAGAAAUUUUGUGCGUUUUUUUAAUGAAUAAGAAAUGUUUGGAGAUUUUAUCCUUACUAUCUUUGAACAUGAUGGAGUUUGAAAAUCUUGGCACUGGCUGUCAUUCUGCUUUCUAGGCAAGUGUUCCUUUUUAUCAUUUAGCAAAGAACUUUCUCUUUUGUAUAAAUUAUGUAAAAUAUGUUGUUCUCUCUGUCAACUUUUCUGUACUAGUCUUCAUCACUGCCCAGUAUCACCUCCCUCCAGUGCAUCUUCUUUUUUUUUUUUGGUACCAGGGAUCGAACUCGGUUCCUUUCACUUGCAA